AUGAUCUCUCUGGUCAAUCGAGGCAUAACCAGAACUUUUCUUGAUUCAACAGUUCGUUCGUUUUCUGUUGUUGCUGGUUCCACAAAGUCAAGACACCGCCAUGGAGAAUACCCUCCUUCGGAGAGGAAAAUUAAGCGAAAUCAGAGGAAAGAAGAACGACGGAAACUUGCAGAGCAUUACAAGUUGUUAGAUGAGGAAGCAAUUAAAUCCAACUUCGAGAAAAAGUGGUGCUGUAAGUUGUCCCUAAUUGUGGAACGUCAGCCCAUUGUGUUCGGGCAGCCGCCUGAGUGGUACACAAGGUUCGAGAAAAUUCGUGAGCAACGUCGUUUAGAUAAGCUGAUGCCUCCCUAUGACAAAGUUGUCGAUAGUAUCAUCAACGCUCGCGAGGAGACGUUUGAAUUGGAAGAUAAGGAUCGGAUGGAAAUGAAGAAGCUCCACGAAGCCUCUACAUCGGACAUCACUCCUGCGGAUAAGGCAAACGACCGCCAUUCCCUUCUGCGAAACACCCCCGGCUUCCUCUACCUGCUAAUCGACACACCCGCUGGUUGGUCAUUCCCCAGCGUUGAAUUCGAUGAGUCCAAAUACAAAUCAACGCGAGAAGCUCUGGAGAGACUGGCCGCAGCGACCUACGGCAAGGAUCUGCAGUUGUUUUACUGGGGAUACCCGCCUUGCGUGCAUACAGCACGAAAGUACUCCGAGCAGGAGCAGAAGAAGACUCAAACUUUUGGAGAGAAGGUGUUCUACUAUCGCGCUGCUCGUCUGAUCGGAGAUGUGGACCUUCCUCCGUCGGUGGGAAAGGAUUUCAAUUGGGUAUCGUUGAUGGAGAUUCCGGAGUAUAUCAAGGACGAAAAUCUCGUUGGUUAUUUAAAUCGUGUUUUGGAAUAG